UUAAACAAAACUCUUUAACCAAACUUAGCACACCUUUACAUUUUUGUACAAUAUUUUCUUAAAGCCCCCAAAACGAUGGCAGAUCAAGAGAGCCAAAUCUGGCCACUAGCACCAUCCAGAUUACACCGCAGAAGCGACGAAGAAAACCCUACUUUCAAAGCCAUACGCAGAGAAAGAAGCAACAAAUGUUUCGUCUACGUCUUUGCAGGCAUCGUCCUCCAAAGCAUAAUCAUCCUCGUCUUUGCUUUGGUUGUUUUUCGUGUCAAAUCCCCCGGUUUCAAUCUCAGCUCCGUCCAGAUCAAAACUCUCAAGUCCACCGGUUCUCCGGCGGCUUCGUUCAACGCAACGUUAUCUGCUCAGAUGGCCAUAAAGAACAAAAACUUCGGGGAGUACAAGUUCGAGGGCAGCAGCGCGAGCUUGUGGUAUGGAGAGUUCAAAGUCGGCGAAGCUAAAUUUGCCAAGGGUAGCGUGAAAGCGAGAGGGACUCGGAAGGUGAACCUGAGAAUUGAAGUGAGGUCAAAUAGGCUGCCUAAGGACGUUCAAAAUGGUGGUUUAGGGAGUGAGAUUAAUUCUGGAUUUUUGAACAUCAGCAGCUAUGCAAAGAUUAGUGGGAGAGUGCAUUUGAUGAAGAUUAUGAAGAAGAGGAAGACUAUUGAUAUGAAUUGCACCAUGGUUCUUGUUUUGAAGAAUAAGACAGUUAAGGAUUUAGUAUGCAGAUGAUGAUUAUUUUGGUGGUGUUUUUGUUAAUGAUAUUGGUAUAGUUUGUAGUUUGGGGUUUAGUUUCUAGGAAUUGAUCCAAUCAUUUUGUUUGUCGAGAUUUGGGUUCUAGGAAUUCAAUCAUUUGUUAAUUUGCUUGCUUGUAUUUAUUCCAAUUUUGUAUGUUGGUAAUAUACAUAUGACUUCAUCUUUCAUAGAAA